AAUCUCGCAUUCGCCUAGACAAUCUCAGAUUCGUCUGAAAAUUGUACGUCCAAUAUUUUGUCGGCAAACUCUACAUACAUGUCGGCAAAAAGCACAUGUCGGCAAAACAAUUUGUCGGCAAGGUGGUGUCGGCAAAGUGUUACGUCGGCAAAGUGAUUGCCUCCCGAAGAAAAUAUUUAUAAAUCAACAAUUUUUUCAUUAGAUAUUUUUUUAUAUUGAACUUGAUUCCGAUGUUGAUUCAUUUUGUAAAUUGAUUAGAAGCUUGUUUAUCUAGAAAAUAUCUUACUUUUCUAAUAUUUUUCUAUUUUUUAAGUGGUUCUUCUUCUUGUGAUGUUGGUUCACAUUUACCAUUUGUUGAUUUUGAUUGUGAAAGAUUUAUGAAUCCAACACAACGAAUACUUAAUUCUGAAACAAUUUCAAUUAUACAAUUAACAAAUUUUUUUUACCAAUACGUCAUCAAUCUUUAUAUGGAAUAUUUGAUAUUCUUGCAUUACGUUUACAAUUUAAUAUUAAAUCAUUAUCUGAUUUUGCUCAACAACUUUUUUGUUCACGAGAUUUUAUACUUUUAAGUUUGUUUUAUUUGUAAUUAUUUUUUUUAAAUAAUUUUUUAAAUUUUAUUUUAGGAUAUAAUUAUGCUGGUGAUACAUCAUUUCUUAUUGAAAAUUAUCCAUCAAUAAGUGAUACACUUAUAUUUAUUGAAAUAUUCGAUGAAAAUUGUGAUAUGAAAAUUCAUCAACAAGAUGAAUUUUGUCGAAUUUGUGCAUCAGAUGAUUAUCUUAGAGAAAUUUUAUCACCAAAUUUUACUUAA